GAACAACUUUGUUGUUUUAUACCUCAUACUUCAUAGACCUAUAAUGGACCUUUCUUUUUUGGCCUAUGAUACAUAUUAUAUUUAAAUUAGUUCAUGAUAACAAGUCUUAGUUUUCAUUACCUUAUACCAUUAUUCUGUGAUAAUAUUCACUAAUUGAUUACAACCACGGUUAUCUAAUAAUCGUGAUUACAACUUACAAGCAUGUUGUAGGAUAAGUACUAUUUUUUUUGUAGAAUGUAGAUCAGAGCACUUCACGAAGUACAUUAUUUAGUACCUAUUUACAAUAUUUACAUCGUCGAUAAUUUCCAAAUUCAAGUUACAACAAUAAUAUGUGUUAUACAAUUUUGCGGUUGAUGAUGAAUUAAUGCAUGUGAUCAAGUACAAUUAUUCGGUUCGGGUACUUGUGACAAAAGUAACAAGAGGUUAUCAAACUUAUAGAAGUCUACCUAUGGUACAGCGUAAUAAUAUUAUUACUCUUGAUCCAAUCUCAAAUGUCUUUUGAUGAGAAAUAAGUAUUCCACCGUUAACGAAAUUGUGAAAAUGGAUUUAUCAGCAGAAGAACUGCUUAGCAGAAAAGAGACGUUGAAACAAUUUGAAAACUAUAUUGAUAACACAAGAAACACUCUAAAAAGUUUUGUUGAACAAAUUGGAUGGACAUUGGAUAAAACACCAAACAAUGAUAAAUUAGUAAAGUGUCCAUACAAUAAUGAACACAGAAUGCCGCCAUCCACACUCGAGGUUCAUUGUCAAAAGUGUAUAUUAAAAAAAAAUGGAUACGAUUCAUCUCAUUCAAUUUAUCCUUCUUAUAAUUUUUCAACAUCUUUGGCCCAAACUGUAAAAAUUGAUAAAACUACUCAAAUGCACAUUUUGAAAACUGCCUACGAGGAAUCAAAGGCAACCUUAAAUAUAAAUCUUGAACCUAGAGAAGUUUCCCAAAGUAUAGAACGCUAUAUUUGUGAUUUUACUCCUGAUGAGAGAAGAGUAUUGUAUGAUAGUGCUGUAAAAUACACCAAACUCCCUAAUCACAAAGAUGUGAUAAAUGAUUUGACAGGUGUGGAUAUUUUCAAUAAAACUGACGAUAAACCUAAAACUGAACUGGAGCUUUUGGAAGAGCAAAGAGACUUAAAACGUAGGAGUGCUGCUUAUCGAGGAAAAAAAGUUCACACAGAUAGAAAAUCUUAUGUAGAAAUUUUAAGAGAAGUAGUUGAAGGAUUAACAAAUAAUUUGUCCCAUUCAGAAGAUAAAUCAGUGUGUGUCCAAACAUCAAAUACCGUAACAGAAACUACACCAAAUGCCCGUUUUGUGUACAAGUAUGCAGGUAAUCCAAGUUAUAGUGGUAAUCCAUAUACUCGCUGGCUUGAUAUUGAAACAGAGGAAUCUAAAUUAUUUAAGUAUUAUCAAAAAAAGAGUCAAAGUUCAUAUCAAGAAGCUUCUACUUCUAGAAUAUAUUGUGAAGAUCAAACUGGUUUUAAAAAAUCAGAAAAAAGUAGAUCUAAAUCAAGAGAAAAAAAAAUGUCCACUAGUGAAUUAAAAUUAAAAAGAUCUAGGAGAUCUAGGUCUCGCUCAGUAUAUAAAUCAAGAAGAAGUAGAUCUAAAUCAAGAGAAAGAAAAACGUCUACUAAUGAAUUAAAAUUAAAAAGAUCUAGGAGAUCUAGGUCUCGCUCAAUAUGUAAUGAAAUCAAAUAUAAGAAACCUAAAAUCCGUUCUAAAUCCAAAGAAUAUGUAUUAAUGGAAAGUAAACAUAAAAGAUCUAGAAAACAUAAAUCUAGAUCAAAAUCUAAAGAAAAUGAGCCUAGAAGGCAUAGAAGUCGAUCGAUAUCUAAAGAAAGUGAGUCUAGAAGGCAUAGAAAUCGAUCGAUAUCUAUAGAAAAUACUGAUAAAAGAUCUAAGAAGCGUAGAACUAGGUCUAAGUCAAAAGAACCUGAAAAGAUAAGUUCUAAGAAUCUUACAAAAAAAGACUCUACACUACAAUUUAAACCGAGAAAUACUCACAAAAAAAAAAAAAAAUAUAAAAGUAAAAAAAAUCGUUCAAAAAGUCCUAGAAGAAUUCAUAAAAAUAAAACUAAUAAGACUAUUGAAGUUUGUGAAGAAAUUGAUGAUAAAAUAUCAAAUGACCAUGACGUCAUCCAUCACAUCUACCAGUCUUAGAAUUUCUCGGUUAAUAAUUGAUUGGGUUUAUAUCUUAAAAAAAUUCAUGGUAAUGCACUAACAUUAAGCAUUUUCAUUGAUUAAAAGUUAAUCAAUUAUUUAAUAAGACGAUUUAAUGAUUUUGGGAUUUUAUUAAAACACAAUUAUAAAAUUGUACCCUUAAUUUAUUUAAGAAAAAUAAGAUUUAUAAAUAUAAAAAUAUUACAUUGCUUAAAUAUAAUAAAGGCAUUGUCAUUUUAAAAAUUGUUUGUUGUUUCAUGUUGUGAUUUUGAAUCAUUAAAAAAAAUUUUUAAAUUUUUUUUCUUACUGCAUAUAAUUAAUAAUUUAAAUAUUGAACUGUAUUAGUUUAUAUUAUUUUCUGUUUGAAACAAGAGCCAUAAUGAUAUAAUGCAAUUAUAAUAUGUAGGUUAUUUUUUAAAUACACAAUAAUCAGUGUACAGUCGUAACAAUAUUUUUGUUUUAGGAGCAUUUAGCUAUUAAUCUAUUAUAUUUGGUAAUAAUAUGUAAUGCAAUUGCACAAUAUCAAUUGAAUUAAAAUUUUGUAUUGCAUGUCAUAAAGUCAUCUAUGGUAGAGGUACAUUAAACAUAACAACUCAACCAUUAUGGGGCUACUAAAUACUAAUCUACAGACUAAGGACUUUAUUAAUAUAUCUAAUCAAUAGUGACUACUGUAUUUAUAAAUAUUCUAUUGACAUGGGUUUGCUGUAUCCAAUUCGUUAAAUUAUUACAGAAACAUAAGUAUAUGGUAUUCGCUAUAUUUUU